CUUCCUGUUAGCAGCUAGCUGGAAGACGGUAGUGUGGUCGUGUCUCGGGUAAAUAUUCCAGUAGUGGACGGAGCAGUGAUGUCUUCGGUUCAGUAUUUGAGAGAGUUUAUCAGCGAGCGACUAACAGCUGCUGCUGAAGAGAUAUUCACAGUCUUUGAAAAAACCAUCGUCCAGUACGAAGAAGAGGUGGAUCGUCAGCGCAGACUGCUGGAGAGCGUUUUGAAACCUGAAAUAAAGCUGCACAGGAUCGAGCUCCCACAGCAGCAUGUCUUUAAGGAGGAGGAGGUUCUCACUGACCAGCAGCUCUGUCCCCAGGAGAGGAACUCCAAUCUGGACCAAGAGGAACAAGAACCUCCACCGAUUAAUGAGGAACAGGAGGAAAUGUGCACCAGUCAGGAGGGAGAGCAGCUCGUACUGAAGCAGGAGACUGAAACCUGCAUGUUGACUCCUCAUGGUGAGGAAAGUGACCACAGAGAACCAGACGGUGAGCACCAGCUCCUCUCUCACAACGCUCCUGUAGCUGAGAGCCAAGAUCAGAACAGAAGAAAACAUGUGGAUUCAGGAUCAACAGGAAAUGAAGAACCAAACCCACAGAAGAGUUUUCAUGAAAACAGGAGUCACAGUAGCAAUGUGGACAACUCUCCCAAAUCAGAGAUUAACUCUAAUAUUCACACAGGGAAAAAGUCUUUCAAAUGUGACAGUUGUGGAAAAACUUUUGUUUAUAAGUAUAAUUUGAAGAUUCAUCUGAGAACACACACGGGCGAAAAACCGUAUUUAUGCAAAAUAUGUAGGAAAAGAUUUGGACGUAGUGAUGAAUUGAAAGUCCACAUGAGAACUCACACUGGUGAGAAGCCACAUUGUUGCCAAACAUGUGGUAAAUGUUUUGUAAGUAGUAGUAAUUUGAAAGUCCAUGUGAGGUUUCACACUGGUGAGAAGCCUUUUUCGUGCAAAACAUGUCAAAAACGUUUUGUGAAAAGUGGCGAUUUGAAAGUCCAUGUGAGGUUUCACACUGGUGAGAAGCCUUUUUCAUGCAAAAUAUGUCAGAAAGGUUUUGUAAUGAGUGGUGAUCUGAAAGUCCAUAUGAGAAUUCACACUGGUGAGAAGCCAUUUUCUUGCCAAACAUGUGGUAAAAGGUUUGGACGUAGUGAUAGUUUGAAAGUCCACAUUAGAACUCACAGUUGAGAAGCCACAUUCUUGUGAAACAUUCAUGAAAUGUUUUUGAACUUGUUGAAAUCCUAUCACACUAUGGGGUAAAGCUAUGAUUUGACACAUUUGGAAAUUAUACAGAAUGAAAUUGUCUUUUAAAUGUAUGUAGGAGUAGUUUUCAUUACAUCCAAAUGAUCGACAUAUUUUGCCUUCAAAUGUGUUACAAACUCAUGUAGUAGAUUCAGUGGCUCUAUGAAAUGUGCCACUUAAAGAAACAUUUAUUUUAUUAACUAGAAUAUUUAUUUCAAUGCUGGUUCCUCAGACUGAUGUUCCCGAUUUGAUGUAUUACAACUUAUAAAAUCUCAUUGUAAAUUCCAAAAUUGUUGUGAAUCUGCAAAAGUGGGUCCCCACAUCUGUCAGAAAGGGGGCACUUUAAACAUUUGAGAUUUGAAGAUAAAGCUGACCCAUCAAAGUUUG